ACCAGCAGAGGGGAGGCUUCACUACGCCUGGAACUUGUACAAAGUUCCUGUUAACUCUGUUUUUAUCUGCAGCGGUGAGCAUAGUGAUGAUCAAUCCGUUUGUGAUUUAAAAACGUAAAAAAAAAAAAAAAAAAGUUCCGUUAAGGCAGUCUUGGGUUGUUGCGUUUUCUCCCUCUUACCCCUGUGAUCUUCCUGAAAACACCUGCGUGAGUCAGGUAACUCACCGAUGAAGAGGGAAGUCCAUGACCACUGAGCGCUGAAAAGGUUGUUUCGCAGGUAUGUGUUCCAGUCGGGGUAUAUGUGGUGACAACAGCCGUUCCAACAGAUCCUCCAGAUCAGGGGGAUCUAGUUCAGGCGCCCACUAUGCCCUGUGUGCCCUUGGAGUGGGUCUCAUUGCCCUGGGCAUUGUCAUGAUCGUGUGGACUGUGAUACCUGGCGAGAAUUUAGGUGCCUCUACAAAACCAUCGGGCAACUCUACAGGACCUCCUAAUAGUAAUAGUAAUAAUAACACAAAUGCAAAUGCCACAAAGAUCCCAACAGUGGCAAUGGUGCUUGUUGGAGUUGGGGUGGUCAUGUUGCUUUUGUCCAUUUGCCUUGGUAUAAGGAGCAAGAAGCAAGCUCAGAAUAGAAGGAAUGAGCCCGUGACCACAGGAGUCCCCUUCAUGACCCAGACACCAGGGGAGGAGGAGACUCAACCUGACCCAACUACGUACAAUGUGCCAAGCUAUGAGGAAGUUGUUGGCAGUGGCGACUACCCUGUACGUCAGAGUAACCUUCGGCAGAGCACCACUCACCUGCCAUCCUACGAGGACAUCAUAGCUGCCGUGGAAAACGAGGGAGCAGAGCCCGCUAACAACUCUGCUGACACCCAUGUUAAUGAUCAACCCACAGCUGCUGAGCCACCAUCUGAACCCACCGGCCGUACAUCCAAACCCAGCGUGCCAACCCGUAGUGCUAGCCGGGCCAGCCGUUUACUGCGGCCCCUCCGAGUUAGAAGAAUCAAGUCUGACAAACUGCACCUGAAGGACUUCCGCCUCCAAAUCCGCACCCCCACACAGAACCCAGUAACCAUUGAGCCCAUCACUCCUCCUCCGCAGUAUGAAGACAAGACACCUGAUUUUCAGUAGGGCAACAUUCUACAUCUACUUUACUUUUCUAAAGAAAUAAUAAAAUAUUCGUGGAUUUAAUGGAUUUAUCAUCACAUUUCUAGAAAAACCCAUUUGGAAGGUUAGUAUUAAAUAGGUAAAUGCGGCAGGAACAAACAUAGGGGCCACACAAACCCACUCCUGAAAUGAGAAUCUUGUUCUUCAUCACUAAAGCUCUGGAUUGGCAUAUUUAUGCCAUUAUAAUUCAUUAGUAGGUACGUAUGAAAGGAUGUGCUUUCAGAGUUAAGUCUGCUGUUUUAACAAUCAUGAUAUAACUUAUGUCAAACAGAGGAUAGUCUUUCAAUUUUAUUUAUUAGCCAAUUGUUAGAUGUUUUUCACCUUGCAGAGACUGUUUUUGCUGCGUUUUGAUUCUGGUUUGCUUUGAACUUUGGAGAAUUUGAAGCUACAUCUUAUGAUUUCAAGGGAGAAAUGAAAAUUUAAUUAUGUGUUUAGUUUUUUGUUUGUUUGUUUUUUGCUUUUUUAGAUUGAUAAAUUAAAUCAGGCCAGAGAUUUAUGAUUUGUUAAUGCUUUUGUGUGCUUUUUUUUUAAUUAUUAUUUUUAACUCCAAGUCUUAAGGAAACUGUGUCCUUUGAGACAAAUGUUAAUAGAAAAAAAUUUUGAAUUUUGGCACAAUAAAACCAAAAUAAAUGCUUUGGAUAUACUAGUCAUUAUUCAUUGUUUGAAGUGUUGAAAUCUCUUUAACUGUGUUGUAAUAUUUGUAAAAACUGGAGAAUAAAUGCGUCUUUCUAUUUUGUUUAAGAUCAACUUCAUAUUUUUGUUGGCAGUAACAGUAACAACAGUUCAGCAUGUAUUUAUUUAAUCAUCAUCUAAUGUCAAGAUCAAUAAAAGCAAAUAAAUUUACUAAAAGUAUGACAUCGGUGCCGUGUUAAG